AUAAGUAGUAUGGAAUAUGCGCAGUUAAACUUAUAUUUCAGUUAAGCUCAAAACAUUCUGUUAUUAAUUCACAUUUGAUCAGUGACCAGCCAGUUCACAUCUUUGAUUGAAAAAUUAUUUGCGAACAUCAUGUCCGAUUACAUAACGAAAGAAGUUCUUGUAAUCUACACGGGUGGAACUAUUGGCAUGACCGAGAACGAAGAAGGAGUUUUAACUCCUUCGAAUGAAUUCAUCGAGCGGAUAAAGAAUACUCCGGAUUUGCAUGACGAAAGUUUGGCCAGAGAAUAUUUCAAUGAAAAUAUGGAAGAUAAUAUUUUCGUGACUCGUUCGAAUGGAACAGUUAUUAUAUAUAGGAUCAAUGAGUACAAACCGCUCUUGGAUAGCAGCAAUAUGUCGUUGGAGGAAUGGAAGCGUAUCGCCAAUGACAUUGGGGAAAACUAUGAAAAAUACGAUGGUUUUGUGGUCCUCCAAGGCACUGACACUCUUACUUACACCGCGUCAAAUUUGAGCUUCAUGUUUGAGAAUUUGGACAAGACUGUUAUAGUCACUGGAGCACAGAUUCCCAUUUUCGAGAAGCGUAACGAUGCUAAAGACAACUUUCUUAUGUCAUUGGUAUAUGCAGCCGUUUACCAAAUUCCCGAAGUAUGCGUUUACUUCGGGAAUGAGCUUUUCCGUGGAAACAGAACUAUCAAAUUCAGUAACACACUAUUGAAAGCCUUCAAGUCUCACAAUUACAAUUUAUUGGGUGAAGUUAACAUCGACGUGCAUCUUUACGAGGAAUAUCUGCUAAAACCUAUGACCCUCAAUAAAUUCAAAGUGAAUUCUAAUAUCAAUGCGAAUGUUGAUAUCUUUAAGUUUCACCCACUUGUAACCCCUGAUAAGUUAGAAUCGUGCCUGAAGAGUAAUAUAGACGGUGUCGUUCUAAUUACCUAUGGAGCUGGUAACAUUCCCACCAAUGAAAAAAUCAUCCAAAUCCUUAAGGACGCUGUGGAAAGUGGCAUUAUCAUUGUUAAUGUUAGCGAAUGUCCUCAUGGUACUGUAAAUCCCACAUACGAAGCAGGAAAGAUUUGCAAGGAUAUUGGUAUUCUGCCUGGGUUCGACAUUACCACUGAAGCAGCUUUAACAAAAUUGAUUUAUGUUUUGGGCUUUAAAAAUCUUUCUCUUGACGAAAAGAAAACUAUGAUGAUGACAAAUCUUCGUGGAGAAAUAACCAAACCCUGAAAGACUUCAUUUGUAUUGUUUUUUUAAGAUAUAUUUACUAAUAAUAAUAACAUUUA